GGCACCUUGAUCUCGCUCUCCAGGUUACGACUAUCACUCCGUACCGAACUUGUCGCUCUCUUCGAUUUCCACACUUGCCACGCCUUUAAACGAUUGUGGCUUCGUCAUUUUAGCGAGGACGCAACAAAGAAACCGGCUUCUUCCCCCUGUUCUUCAAAACACUCUUCUGCACCGCCAGAACCUUGACUUCUACCGGCGAACAACAACGACCAACAACACGCGAUAUCGAAACACUCCUUUGCAAUUUGACUUAGCCUGGCAGCUGUCAUUUCACCGGGGGCGUCAAGUUUCCAACCGACCUCUCGUCAGAUUCAGCUACCCUGCAGCCUCCCCUCACACAAGUCGAGAUUGCUUCCCAUACUCACCUGGGGGAAAUGAGCAACUGAAUGUUUUAACAGACACCACGUUCUCUCCAUUCACCAUCCACAGAUGCCGUAAUUUCCAGUCGCAGUCACUCGUUUUUCACCGCAACAGUCGAUUGUCUUGCCGUUGAGCAACUUCCACUCGCUUCGUCUUUGUUAUUUCCUUCAGCGUCAUGGCUGCGAACGACUACUAUCGCCAGUCCUUCAUGGCACAAUCUCAACAGUCUCUACCGCCCAAAUACAAUAAACGACCAAUGUCCCAUACUGCGUACGCAUAUGAUAAUACGAACAGCACAUCCAGUCUCGAUCAAUCACGGCCCUCAAAUACAUACUCUCCUCAUCGAAAACCAUACUACGACCGCUAUGACACUCAGCGCCCUCCUCCGCAAUCGCCCUCGUCCGAAUCGAUCCCACUCGAACAACAAGCACGCAUUAAUACCAACCUAGACAACUGGCGGCACCAGUCGACUCAUUAUCCUCCCUCACCCGAAUCGCAGACUCCUCAAUUACUCCCCACAACAGACAAGAAAAAGAAUAAAUGGUUUUCAGGAAAAGUACCAUGGGUGGUUUACACUCUCAGUUUGAUUCAAAUUACAGUCUUUAUUGUCGAAAUCAUCAAGAAUUCAAUAAUUACGGGCUCCCCUAUCAUGAUACACCCUCAAUUUAAUCCUAUGAUCGGUCCGUCGACAUACGUUCAGAUCAACAUGGGGGCCCGUUUCGUGCCUUGCAUGCGUGCCAUUCCUGGGGUUCAAGACGCCAGUCCACCCGUCAUUUGGCCCUGUCCGAAUACAACCACCUCGGACCCGAACGCGGACAGCAAUCACUGUACUCUCGGCGACUUGUGUGGUUUCUCCAGCUUCAACGACGACCAUCCAAACCAGUGGUUUCGUUUCAUCAUACCCAUGUUUCUACAUGCUGGAAUUAUCCAUAUUGCUUUCAACCUCCUUUUGCAACUUACCAUGGGCCGGGACAUGGAGAAAGCCAUUGGCGGCAUUCGGUUUGCAAUUGUCUAUUUUAGCUCGGGGAUUUUUGGCUUCGUUCUGGGUGGGAAUUUUGCUGCCACGGCGAUUGCUUCGACAGGAUGCUCGGGGUGUCUAUUUGGCAUUUUGGCCCUUGUUCUCCUGGAUCUGAUCUACGGCUGGAACGAACGACGCAGUCCGGUCAAAGAUCUAAUGUGGAUCCUGGUCGACAUUGUCAUUUCCUUCGUACUGGGCCUCUUGCCUGGCCUGGACAAUUUCUCGCACAUUGGUGGUUUUUUGAUGGGUCUUGCCAUGGGGUUGUGCCUGUUACACUCUCCCAAUAUCCUCCGACAACGAAGCGACCAAGCGCCGGGCACGUAUCGAAAUGUCGAAUCAGAAGUGGACAUUACGAAUCCCAAGCGACCGAUGCUCGAAACUCCUGCGACAACUGCAGCCCCCGCGAAUGUCGGCGCGUUCGCAAAGGAGCCGUUGGGCUUCUUCAAGGGCCGCAAACCUUUGUGGUGGGGGUGGUGGUUGCUACGUGCCGGUGCUCUGAUAGGGGCACUGGUCGCGUUCGUGGUGCUGUUGAACAACUUUUACAAGUACCACGACACGUGCUCGUGGUGCAAAUACCUGAGUUGCUUGCCCGUCAACCAUUGGUGUGACAUUGGGAAUUUGACCCUAAGUGACCCCAACUCGUCGUCGUCGAAUGGGACGAGCAGCAAGGUCAAGAGGGAUCUUUUGGUCGAAGCUGGUAUGGUUUUGGCUAGGGAUUUGUUCGAUAUUUGAUGCCAUGGAAUGAACACGUCAACGUUUUGGAUGUUAAGAAUCCGAUUUGCACAUUUGGGGUGUGAUUGAGAUUGAAACAAAUAAAAUCAAAGCAGCGUAGCAUAGCAUAGGUUAGGACAGGAUAGCAUAAACACAUAAAGGGGUUUGGAUCCGGAG